UUGCUUAGGGAUGAGAUUAAAUCAAGAAACAGUAUUGGAAACACCUCGACUGUUUAUGGUCCCAUAUCUUCAUGUCCAUGUUCCAAAGUAUCACAGUUGGAUGCAAGAUUCGUGGUUGAGAGAAACUACAUCUUCGGAACAGCUGACAUUGGACGAGGUGAAUUAUCUGUUAUGAUUGCUGAAUCAAAAUAUCGUGGUCAAGGUUUAGCAGCUGAAGCAUUAGCUGGUAUUCUUGAAUAUUCUGGUAGAAAUUUGCCAAUGAAAUUAAAUUCAAUUGUAGCUAAAGUAUCAAUGACUAAUCAAUCAAGUAUAAAUCUUUUUCAAAAUCGUUUAAAGUUUAUUGAAAGAUCAAGAAAUACUGUAUUCAAUGAGAUUGAAUUCGUACCAGAAAUACAACAAUUGUCAAAUGAAGGUCAAAAUCAAUCUGAAUACAAAAAUCUUGCUUUGAAUACAUCUCAACUCAUUAUAGAUCGACUUUUGACUAAUUCAUUAGGAUCUACAUCAAAAUGGUACUACUUAGAAAAUGAUUUGAAGUUAUGGCGUCAAACACCUAGGGAAUGAUUUUUUUCUUCUCAGCUUAUUGUUUUAUAUACAUGAAUAAAUGUGUUUUACUCUUGUG